AUGGCCACGUCCUCGAGCACCGAGGAGCUCAAGCGAUUCUUGCUUCAUCUACCCUCUGACUCUAACUAUGUCUUUUCUCAAGAUAUUCGUACCCAGAUCAGACGGGCCUGCUUUCUUGCCAUCUCCAACAAUGGGCAACAUCUAAACCGCCUCUUUCCCAACGCCUUCUCAAACAGAAACGAUCCAAAUAGCGAAUCGGAAGCGUUAUAUUCACUGCAACACAUGAUCGAUGUCGUCGAAUCAGAAUACAACUGGCUCUUUGCCAACUACUACAAAAUCUCUCUCAAAAAUAGAGAUCCCAAACACGACACUCAUAACCACCACGCCUUCCAUGCCAACCUGCCCUGUGCCCGUAUCUUCCGCAAGGGUGAACCCAUUUAUCGGUGUUUAACUUGCGGUUUCGACGAUACCUGUGCUCUCUGCUCCCAUUGCUAUCAACCCGAAUACCACCAGGGUCACAAGGUCCACAUCACCAUAUGCCAGCGUGAAAAUGGAGGCGUUUGUGAUUGCGGAGAUCCAGAAGCUUGGGUCAAGGAGUAUAUCUGCCCUUAUGCGGCUCAUGAUGAUGAAAGCAUUAUCGUCAGAAACGAGAAAAUGCCUGUAGACUUGGAACUGAGCUUUCUCCAGACGAUAGAAACCUUGCUAGAUUACGUUAUCGACGUUAUGAGCCAGUCCGACCAGCAGUUCGAAGAUCCGGUAGAAGCAACGGAAGCUAAAGUAGAACUUAAUGCGAUCAACAGUACUCUUGACCCACUGAAAUACGAUUGUAGUACGGAUAACUUCACCGACGCCAACAAUGAGCGGUUCUUUCUCAUGGUAUACAACGAUCAAAUCAGACACUAUAGAGAUGCAGUCCAGCGUAUCCAUUUGGCCAGUAGGAAAGUAAAGCAAUUUGCCGUCAUGGUGACUGAAAAAGUGCAGAACUACGGCAAAGCCAAGGUGAUAAGCUCCAAGAAUAUCAAGUUAUUACUCGAAAGACAAAAGAUUUUGAGUGCUACGGGUCUUUCAACAUGUAUAAGAUCUCACAGAGACGUUUUUAGGGAAGAUAUGUGUGAUGAGAUCUUGAUCUGGAUCAACGAUUUGACCGAAAGUGAGAUGUUCAAGAUGAACAACUCAGCAAAAAAUCUUUUUUGUAGAGCUUUUUGUGAAAAGUGGAAAAGCGGUCUUUUAGUUGCCACUCAUGGAGACAACUCAAAUCACCAAUAUAGAGUUGGAGCGCUAGAUGCCUGUUCAAAAAUCCCCAAAUUGCCGUCUUCUAAUACUGAUAGAAAGACUCAACUACAUUGGUUCUUUCAACCUUCAAAAUGGAACUUACCUGAAGACAUUUGCAGAGAAUGCGAUUACAAUUUAACAGAAGAAGACUACGAGCCACAUACUAGUCACUUGGGAUCUCGUCUUCAGUAUCUUAUUUAUUUGGAUGUUAGAUUCUGGAAGUCUAUCAGAAUCUAUUUGCAUGAUAUGUACUCGACUUCAUUGAUCACAAAUUUAUGGUAUAAGCAUAUCAUUUCCUGUCAAUAUGUGGACAUAUACCCUACCAUUGCUGACAUGUUCUUGACUAUGGACAGAGAACCAGAGCUUAAUGUUAUGUGUACGUUGUCUACUCAGCUCUUCACGUGUCCUUCUAACUCCACUUCGAUUGUUCAGCAUGGUGAUGUUUCGCGAAUUUUUGCGUCCAUAUACGGUUUCUUAACUAUUGAGGAAAUCAGGUCACCUGAGUGUGUUGAAGUAACUCAAGAGAUAUCGAUGAAAAGUUUGAAGAACAGGAUAUGGGGCCAGAUCUUCUUUGAUAUUGGUUACAUAUUGAGUAGAUCUCGCGAUUCAAAGUAUAUUUUGACUAGCAAUAUCAUCCCCAUGGCAUGCGACAUAUUGGCAUUAUUUCAAGGUCGUCCGGUGAUGAAAAGAGAAAAGAAGAACCAUGUGGAAUACGAAAGUCCCGAUUACACUGCAUUUUUCCAUGCCAUACUGGUCAUCUAUCAGUUUGGAGAAUACAUAGCCCAUUCUUUGUCCAAUUUAGGAGAUAUUGACCCUGAAUUGAGGACAUCCCUUAGUAAGAAUGCUAUUAAAUAUGUCAUCAGCUUCUUGCUUAAGUUAGAAAACAAUGACUACCCUGGUCUUAUUGAUGAAUACGUUGACAUUAACCUAUCAAUCGACAAAAAAAUCUCAAAGGAACCCAUAGGUGGAAAUAUCAUCCAGUAUUAUAGAAUUGACGAGGAAAAAGUCAGUUUCUUGCAUCCAAUUCAUUCUUUCUUGAGUUGGUUGAUAGAACUCUCUGAUUUCAAGUCUCCUUCGGAAAUUGUUGAAGUGCUUAACUCAUCGACUGAUUUCUACAGCAUAACCUCUAGUGUUGAUAUUCCUAACCAUUUGACUUCUAUCUUUGACUAUCCCAUUAGAACAAUAGUACUUAUGUCACAAAUUAAGUCUGGUUUCUGGGUGAGAAACGGGUUCAGUGUCAGAUCUCAAUUACAGCUUUAUAGAAACACAGGAUUGCGUGAAAGUGGGUAUAUGAGAGAUCUUUUCCUAACACAAGUAUUCAUCAACUCAAAUAGUCCUAACCUUGUUUGCUUCCUACUUUUCAGUCGCUGGUUAUUAAUGGACGGAUGGUUGAUUGACAGCAGAACGGUAAGAAAUGAAGUCACUGAUCUAGAUUUGCAAGUUUCAGCGGAUCUGUCGGCAUUGUGCUACGACCUGAAGACCUUACCAUACAUGUUAGAGGAAUGCAUGAACUUCUUCAUUCAUGUCUUGACUGAAGAUCUUUAUUUGCGUGGUCUCAAAGAUGAGGUUAUGAUCCAAACAAGAAUCAAGAAAGAGAUUGUUCACAAUUUGUGCUUCGGACCAAUGAGUUACACGAAGUUGUGCUCUCAAAUUCCGGAUCAUAUCUUGUCAGAGAAGAGAUUUGAUCUAAUAUUGGCUGAAAUGACAACAUUUACAGCCCCAAAUGGUGCAACUGACAUUGGUGUUUAUCAUCUCAAAGAUGAGUUUUAUGAUCAGAUAAACCCAUAUUAUUUCAACUAUACCACAAAUACAAAGGAUGAUGCAAUUAAAUUCGUGAAGGAAAGAAUUCAUAAGACCACAAGAAAACCAAUUACUGAAAUUGUUAUCGAUCCUAAGUUGAGGGACCCUGGCGAAUUGGGAAUUUACAGAUAUAUUGGAAACUUUUCAGCCUCUGCUUAUUUUUCCGAUUUCUUAAUUAGGACUUUGUCGUACAUAAGCAAGGAGGGAAUUGAAGAGGUUGAAAGUUUGCUAGAAACUGCAUUACACUUGAUACACAUCUGCGCCUUUGAAAAUACAAUCGACAUCAGUCAAUACGGCACAUUCUAUGACAGAUUUGUCAAUAUAUCAGAUGCAUACGGAACAUCGAUUGCAGUGUUACUAUACGAAAUUUUAGCAAAUGACCAGUUCAAAAAUCACCAUUCAAAAAUUCGUUGUAUUUUGAAGGUCUUUGAGGACAAGUACCAGAAUUUGGGCAAGAUCUUGAGUGAUCAAAUUGUAGAUUAUAAUCCGUUGGUGAUUGAGUUUCACACAAAGAUGGAUAAUGAUGAAAACGAAUUCGAGAAGAAAAGACGUAUGGCGAAAGAAAGACAAGCAAAAUUAAUGGCAAAAUUUAAGAAGCAACAGUCCCUGUUCCUCAAGAAGAACAACAUGGAAAGGAAUUACUGCAGUGAUAUUGAAAUGGAAGACUACGAAGAUGAACAUGGUUGGAGAUUUCCAGAACCCCAUUGUUUGCUUUGUCAGAAUGCGGCAGAAGACGCUGGCCCAUUUGGUAUCAUUACUUACAUCUCCAAAUCAUCUGAGUUUCGCACCAUCCCUUUCAAUGACAAAUUUUGGGUUUUGAAGGCAUUUUCUGAUAAUGCUAGUUCAGAUGUGAACGAAAAUGCAGGAGACCCAGUAAUUGAAGAAGUCAAAAGUGAAAAGUGGCAUAGGUUUAUGGGCAAAAUCAAGGAGAGCAAUGUUAUUGGCCCAGGAUUCUCGCACAAUGAUCAUGUUGAAAGCAAGUUGGUUUCGCUGAGCUGUGGGCAUGGAAUGCACUUUCAAUGCUACAUGAACUAUUUGAAUAGCAACAAGAGUCGCCUGAAUCAAAUCACUAGAAAUUCACCGGAAAACGUUGAAAGAAAGGAAUUUCUUUGUCCUUUAUGUAAGGCCAUAAAUAACAUGUUCAUUCCAAUAUUAUGGACCUCCAACAAGAGACUGUUGUCUCAAUUUUUGAAACCUUUGCUGUUGCCAAAUCCGUUCGAUCACAUUGAUCCAAAAAUUGUUCAUAAUCAGGAUUGGUAUAAAGAAUUUACAUUCAUAUCCGAUAAGGACAUUGAAGACAUGUCCAUUUUGACUAAAGCAUCCACGGAUAUAAUUUCUCUGUCAUCCAACAACGACUUCACCGGAUCUCAGCACAGCUUCAGGGUUCUUUUGAGCAAUAUGUUCCAGAUUUUGUCACUUCUUACAUUCCCUCAAGUUUUUAAGGCUGACACAGUGUUUGUUCUUCUGAACACGAUUAAGUCAAUUGAAAUAUCAUUGAGGGGAACAUCCGCAAGGGGUGAGCUGAUCAUAUAUCAAUUGUCCAAUAACGCUUUGAUCAACUUGAGAACAUUAAAUGAAUUCCGUAAUACAUGCGUUCUAAUGAAGAUCAAGAGCUGGAUUCAUACUCCCAAUCCAAAAGGAGACGCCUAUGCCAAGAUGUUGGCCAAUAUCUUCUCGUUAUCAAAUGGCUCUAUUAAUUCAUCCAUUCUUGAGGCCGACUUCUUCGAAUCGUUAGUGAACAUUCUUCCUUUGCCGUCUUCUGGUUUUUCAUUUAACGCCAUAUUAAACACAUGUUUCACUGGUCACCUUAUCCAGUGUCUCCAUAUAUUGACUAGAGAAAUUGCCUCUCAUGAUUUCUAUAAAAGUCAGGAUUAUUCAGUUUUGGAUAUUCCUGUAAUAGCCGAUGUUGAUAUUAACAAGUCUAAAGUUGCUUUGUUAGCUUUCCAUAAGUUGAAAUUGUCUGAGGAUUUCCAUGGAGAUGACGCAUCCAUUGAAAAUGACGAAAAAUUUGGACAGGUGAUAUACUCAAUGUUAGUCAAGGCAAGUACAUCAUUCUUGAGAAGGGCAGCUAUUUUUGCAUACGUUCAAUGUGCCAACGUAGAAAAACUUGAUGUUUCCUCCGUAGAAGAUCUAAGAGUUGAAGCUGAUAGACUCUGUUCUUUCUUGAAUAUCAAGACAAUCGGCGAGUAUCUAGAAUUGUUUAUUUUGCCAAAUAAGUCAUACGAAGGUUGUGUCUUUCAAGGGUUUGUUGAUUAUGCAAGGAAUUUGAACAAACCUGGAUUUGAAAACUCAGAGACAAGAAAGGGAUUAGAAUAUCCCGGAAUGAUUAGAUUGACAGAACUUCCAGAAAGAUUGGACCACUUUUUCACAAGAUAUUACUAUCUGGAUAAGUACAACAAUCCACACAUGACAAUUGAAGAUCCUGCCAUUUGUCUCUUCUGUGGUGCCGUUGUCGAUGCUCAAAAGCCAGCCAUUGGUUGCAAGGAGGGCCAGUGUACGACACACUACUUAAAAGAAUGUGCACAUGACGUUGGAAUCUUCCUAUUGCCCAAAGAGCGAAGCAUGUUGUUGUUGCACAAGAAUGGAGGCACUUUCUACAAUGCUCCUUUCUUGGACCAACAUGGAGAGUUAGCAGGAGAGUCAAAAAAGGCAAAGACACUCCACUUGAUGAAAGCAAGAUAUGACGAGUUUAUUAAGAACGUUUGGUUGCUGCACAAUAUCCAAAACAUUAUCGCCAGAAACUUAGAACGUGUUCUUGACGCUGGAGGCUGGGAUACUCUAUAG